AUGUUCUUCUUCUUCGCUGGAGGAGUGGAGCAGCAGGUCCGGCAGGUGCUGAAAUCCAGUGCGGGCAGGUGCAUAGUGUGCAGGUCGCCGGCGGAUCUGGUGGACUACGAGAAGGUACUGAAGGUCUUCUUCGUCCCCGUAUGGCGGUGGCCCGGAAAGGAGCCCGUCAUGCACUGUAACAAUUGCAACCUCUUCUUCCCUCAGUCGUACUCUCUGCCGCCUCCGAAGACCGCCGAUGACUCUGCGGCGGUCUCGGAGGCUCUGCGGUGUCGUUUCUGCGAUCGGGUUGUGGAGCCGGAGUUCAGCUUCUGCCCCUUCUGUGGCUCCGCUAUAUGA